AUGGAAGGAGAUGACAGGAGGGAGAAGGGCCACCUGAGCGAUAGGCGCUUUGACAGCCUCGGCUCUGUUCUCGACCCCCGACUGCUAUCUUCGAUCCCUUUUGAGUUCAUGUCCGUCGUGCAGGCGGCCACUUUGGAGCAUUCUCUGUCCGGUGUCGACGUACUGGCUCAAGCCAAGACAGGAACUGGCAAGACGCUAGCGUUCCUGCUGCCUUGCGUCCAGCGAAUCUCGACGAUGCUCCCUCUCGUCUCACGAUCCCCCUCCGACAUCUCUGUGUUGAUCCUCAGCCCGACGCGCGAGCUGGCACUCCAGAUCGAGAAGGAGGCCGUUGUGCUCCUGCGUGGUUUUCAAGGCGCGAUUGGUGUUCAGCACUGCGUCGGCGGCACCAAUAUGGAGACGGAGAAACGAGCGCUGCGAAGUAGUAGAGCCGACAUUCUCGUCGCCACUCCGGGCAGGCUCAUUGAUCACCUUCAGAAUUCUGGGCUUGCGCCUCAGCUCAGAAACGUCAGAGCUCUUGUCCUCGACGAGGCCGACCGCAUGCUUGAUAUGGGCUUUCGCAGGGAGCUGCAGACCAUCCUGGCUGCGCUUCCUUCUCGCCAGGAAAGACCUCGCCAGUCACUCCUCUUCUCUGCCACGAUCCCUCAGGGUAUCCGAGAUGUCGCCGACCUUGAUGAGAACCACGUAUUCGUCAACACUCUGCGGCCCGAAGAGCAGAACACCCACCAACACGUGCCGCAAGACUUCAUCAUCGUGCCCCACACACAGACAUUCGCCGCCACUCUUUGCAUCCUUCUCGAAAGCCUGUCACAGGAUCCCAAGACAACGAAGCCGAUUCUCUUCUUUUCGACGGCGAGAAGCACAGCAAUCUUUUUCGUUCUUUUGGAGACGCUUCAAAAGCAGCUUAGCGGAGUGCACAGCGCCAACCUCCAACGCCUUUCGCCCGCAUGGCAGGCUCUGCAGACUGUACCGGUAUUUGAGCUGCACUCCAGAAAAUCCCAGUCGCAACGUGUGCGCGCCACUCAGGCAUUCACCAAGAGUCAAACUGCAAUUCUGUGCAGCAGCGAUGUCACGGCCCGUGGCGUCGACUUUCCCGGUGUGACAAGCGUCAUUCAGGUCGGUCUCCCCAGCAGUGGAGAGCAGUACAUUCAUCGUCUUGGGCGAACGGCUCGCGCAGGCGCUGCAGGGUCUGGCGUCCUGAUCUUGACACCAUACGAACGUUUCUUUUUACGAAAAAAGGAGGUUGCUGGCCUUCCGCUGAGAGAGCGCAAGCUGGUCUUCACUGAAGACGAUUUGCUUCCAGAGGCCGACUCAGCGAUUCGUAAAGCUCUGAUGACCGUGUCGGACAAGGAAAAGAGUCAGGCAUAUCAGGCUGCCCUAGGCUACUACAAAAGCUCGCUUAAAGACCUCGGCUGGUCUCCUGCUCAGCUUGUCGAUGAGAUGAAUGAUUGGGCUCGACAAGCCCUUCUUUUCCAAGAGGGUGCGUCAGGGCCUGCGCCGCCUCUACUGGCGAAAACGGUGGGCAAGAUGGGCCUCAAGGGCACUCCGGGCCUCAAUGUUGUCAAGCAGCUGCCAUCUUGGGCAGAUGACGGCGCCGGUGACUCGCCAAACGACCGUGGCGAUGUCUACCAGCAUUUGUCUACCGUGCGUCAGAGGGGCUCGCCUUACGGACGGGGAGCAAAAGUGGUCGCGAAUGGCCGCGGCGGAGGAGCAGGACGUGGCGCGAGAGACUCAGUUGUGCGCGCAACUCAAUCGUCGUCGUAG